UGCCCGACAGGUCGCCAACGAAACCGGCACUCUGAUGGCGGGAAACCUGUGCAACACCAAUCUACCGAUGACACCUGGUGACGAAAAUACACGACAGCAGAUACGCGACAUCAUGAAGGAGCAGGUGCUUUGGGCAGUGGAAGAGGGAGCAGAUUUUAUUGUACUGGAGACAAUUGGUCACCUAGAAGAAGCCUUGAUUGGGUUGAAAGUUAUCCCAAGAGUUUGGAAAAGGCUUGCCAGCAGUGGUAACUAUGAAUAUUCACAUAUCCGAAAAUUCAAUCGAUGAUGUAGCCGUGCCAAUAGAGGAUGCUUUAAGUCAGGUGGAGAAAGCAGGUGCAGCAGUCGUUGGGAUCAAUUGUGGCAGAGGACCAAGCACCAUGCUACCUGUCAUGAAGAAGAUUAGGCAAACCUGCAAGGGGCCUCUUGCAGCACUGCCUGUCCCUUUCAGAGUAAGCAAUGAGCAGCCAACUAUGCAGACACUGACUGACGAGAAUGGGAAGAGAGCAUUUCCAAACAACUUGGAGGCACACCUCAACUCUCGUGACCAGAUUGCUCAGUUUGCUAAGGACUGCCAGGAGAUUGGCAUCCAGUACGUGGGACUGUGCUGUGGUAAUAUGGCGUGCUACAUGAGAACGAUUGCAGAGACCCUUGGGAGAACACCGCCAGCCAGCAAAUACUCCCCGAACAUGGACGAACAUUUUUGCUUCAGUACAGAAGAUGGUGGCAAGCUACAUACAUACAACACUAAACACUUGGCUAAAACUGUGGGCUGGAAGAAAUAAGGUUGAAGAGUAUAUGCAUAGGAGCUAAUACUACCAUGACCCUUUUAAUGGAAACGAUAUGUUCUUGGAACCUGUCUCUAACAUCCUCUAAAAGAGGUCAACUGGUUCAUUGGUUAAGGCUUCGUUAAAAGUAGCCUGACCAGGCUCUACGACUGUUUCUCGUUGUAGGGCAUGUCAACACAGUGUGAAGCGAAAAGCUAACUGGCUUAUUUAGGAGGUAUGAUGUUACCAGUUUUAUUAAUGAUGGAAGAGUACCAUAAAAAAAUAUAGGAAGUUAAUACUGCUAAAAAGUUAUUGUAUUUUUCUAAAACUGAUAGGAGACGUUUGUCUGCUCGUAUCACCGGAUUGCAGUAUAAGCUCAGUUCUAGAUCUAUCACUAUCAGCGUUGAUAUAAUUAACACCACAAUUAUGAUAUAUUAAUGUCAUAGCUGCAUUCAUUUUAGGGUUUGUAUUUAAUAAACAAUCCUCUCUUAAGGCUAACAAUAGUAUUCAACGCAAAAAUUUAUCACAUAUAUGUGUAUAUAUACAUAUAUAUAUAUGUAUUCA